CAAGAGGGUUGAAGCGAUCACGCGUGAGACUAGUGAUAGGAGAGGGAGGAGACAUCUGGUAUCGCUCAAUACCGUAUCUACAUGUCGAAAUCCGAUUGCACAAGCAUUAGCAUCCAACUGUUUCAUCGCGGAGCGGAAAUUGGCGAAACGUGUCGCUGAUAACGAGUUUUUCGCCGCUACUUCGAUUGAGCAACACGGCACUUCUCGGCAUACAGGUCCUCGCGGCGACUGGCAGAUCACCUUGGAUAACCUAAGAGAAUCGACCGCGGCUUAGAAUGGGCUUUCGCGAUGUUACUCACUGCAUUUUCGACAUGGACGGUUUGUUAAUAGAUACGGAAUCCCUGUACACAAUGGCAUACAAUUGCGUCACUCAGGAGUACGGGAAAACGUACAGCUGGGAGCACAAGGCAAAGAUUAUGGGUUUCAAAAGCGCCGAUGCUCUGCAGACCAUAAUAGAUAUGCUGCAGCUGCCGAUUACGGUGCAAACGUUUGAGGACAAGCUCGCGCCUAUAUACCAAGAGGUGUUUCCUCAGUGCAAUCUUAUGCCAGGCGUGGAGAAGCUGCUGCGGCAUCUGAAAAAGCAUGACGUACCUAUCGCACUGGCUACAAGUUCGAGUCAGGACAGCAGCGACCUGAAGACCCAGAAGUGGAAGCACAUAUUUGACCUGUUCAGCCACAAGGUGUACGGCGGCUCCGAUCCAGAGGUCGCCCAAGGAAAGCCACAUCCAGAUAUAUUCCUGAUUGCCGCGAAACGCUUCCCCGAUAAUCCCGACCCUUCAAAGUGCCUAGUCUUCGAAGAUUCGCCGAACGGAGUGCAGGGUGCUAUCGCCGCCAAGAUGCAAGCGGUAAUGGUGCCGGAUCCUCAGCUUCCCAAACACCUCACCAAAAGCGCUACGCUGGUCCUGGACAGUCUGGAAGACUUCAAGCCGGAGGACUUUGGGCUGCCGCCAUUCGUAGCCUAAAGCUAUUUGCCUUAGCUUGCUAAAGAGAGUAUUAGACGUAUUAGAUUCAAUUUAUCGUAUAAACGAAGCAGAUAACUGUCGGCGAAAGAGAAGCAAAAACCUGCAGGCAGGUUUUCCUUAGCACUGGCGAAGCACUGACUGAUGUACAUAGAUUUUAUUUGAAAAAAAGAAAGAAAAGAUGACACGAGUAUUAUGUUCUGGAGAUGUAUAUUUUCAUACAACACAGGAGAGAUCACUGCCUCUUGGAUACAGCUGGCACAUAUCACACAUAAGAGAUCUCUGCGCUGUAUGUUUGUUAAUGGUAUGAAGUUCCAGUCGUACGCCUGCGUUUCUUGAUUGUAUUUAUUGAGCGUCGAGUCUCGCGCGGUACCGGAAUUUAUUCUUACACUGUCAUUUUACUUUAAGUUGAACCUGUAGAGGAUAUUGCAAAUAUUCUGCGAAAUACCAGUCGUUUAAUAUAUAUAAAACUUAUGGGAGAAGUAAAUAUUUUUGCGAAAAAAUAGCAACUCACCGUGCAAUUCUUCUUGGUUGUUUUCACAAUCUUAAGUGUAUUUAGGUUGAUAAUGUACUUCCGUGUAUCGUCAGCAUGAGUUAUUUAUAUGCCUGAAAGGGAAAACUCGCGCAAGAUCUGUGCGGGGAUUCUGUAAUUUGCUAUCGAGGCUGUUUUCGGUAUUAACUAGCAAUAACCCGUGAUGAGCUGCGUCUCUCUUGAAGAGCGUCUCUGUUAGAUUGGCCGUCUAGUUAACGAUACCGAAAGGCAUCGAUAGCAAGCGACGGAAUCUCCGUACGGACGGAUUCCCGACAACGCAAGUCUUCGAGAUCGCCUUUUAAUUGAUACAGCUAUUUUAUUAAAACACUAUACAUAUGAUACACGUAUUCAUUAACGUAAUAAAGUAUAUCUAUUUUUGAGA